GCGGGAGCGCACGGCUGGGCGCGGCUAGCCGAGGGCCCGGAGCUCGCAGGGACACUGCCGGCGCCCAUGGCGUUCGCGCUGCUGCGCCCCGUCGGCGCGCACGUGCUGUACCCCGACGUGCGGCUGCUGAGCGAGGACGAGGAGAACCGCAGCGAGAGCGACGCGUCGGACCAGUCGUUCGGCUGCUGCGAGGGCCUGGAGGCGGCGCGGCGCGGCCCGGGCCCCGGGGGCGGGCGGCGGGCAGGAGGCGGCCCGGGCCCCGUGGUGGUGGUGCGACAGCGGCAGGCGGCCAACGCGCGGGAGCGGGACCGCACGCAGAGCGUGAACACGGCCUUCGUCGCGCUGCGCACGCUCAUCCCCACCGAGCCGGUGGACCGAAAGCUGUCCAAGAUCGAGACACUGCGCCUGGCGUCCAGCUACAUCGCGCACCUCGCCAACGUGCUGCUGCUGGGCGACGCGGCCGACGACGGGCAGCCGUGCUUCCGCGCGGUCGGCAGCGCCAAGAGCGCCGUCCCCGCCGCCGCCGCCGCCGCCGACGGCCGCCAGCCGCGCUCCAUCUGCACCUUCUGCCUCAGCAACCAGCGCAAGGGGGUGGGGAAACUGAGGCUUGGUGAGAUGAAAUCCUUUGCCUGAGGUCCACCAUGGCAGAGCAGAGAUUGGAGCCCAGGUCUGUCUUACUUGAGCCCAGUUCCUAACCGUGUUGCUUCUUUAGACCCUUGGCGCUGAGUUCCUAAGGAACAAGCAAAUGGGGACCUAGUCAGCUCCUCUUCUAAGCACUCUUGACAGUUUGCACAGCUGCAUUCACAUUCAACUGUACCUUGGGGGUGCCAAGUAGAAUCAUUUUGGCCCCAAUGCAUUGAUGAAGAAACUGAGGUUCAGGGAGGUGGACAGUCCCAGCAUUCUCAAGGGACCCAGGUCUCUGCAUGGCCUCCAGAUGCGGAGCAGGAGGCGGCUCUCCCUGGCCCUGAGGACUUAAAGACUGAAAGGGGGGAAGCCAGUGUUCCAUCCCUCAGCCUCGACGCUGCCCCCACCCCCGCUUCUGUCCCCCCUUCUCAGCUGCUCCUGCCAGAGUUUGUCUGAGAAGCCCAAGCCCCAGGCUCUGCUGGGACCGUGGCCUCAGCCCUCAAAAUAGCCCUGCCUGUGAAUGAACAUGCUGUCCCUUGGCCGCGAGAGCCUCGAGGGAGGCUGGGCUCGCAUCUGGAUGGAUCUGCCCCAACCUGGGUGCGGGGGCGGAGGGAGGCAGGGGGCAGAGCUCCCAGAUGGUCAGCUGUUCUCUAGAUGGGCUGAGAAAGCGGCCUUUUCCAUCAUCGUCUAGCUGGGCCCAGGGCAAUAAGCAUUUGCAGUGGGAUUUCAGACACCUCUGUGUCCCAGAAACAGGACCACUUGUUGGACAAUGUGGAUUUCUAGCCCAGCUCCUUCACCAACUGGCUGGGUGCCUCUGGGCCAGUCACUCGAAGGCUGGAGGCCAUGAAGGGGGGGGUGCUCUGAAGUGUGUGGCCUCACCGGCUUACACAGAAGGUGAAACCCACAUAUCCAACCUGAAAAUGUCCAUGAGAGGGGCUAGAAGAGACCACCCCUGUAGGGUGAGGGACUGCUGUCUUUAGGGACUGCCCCCGUUAGCUCAUCUUCAGUGGUGUGGCCACCACUUGAUUCCAACAGCAUCGAUGGGCACCUGCUCCAAGCCAGGUCCCAGGCUGGAAACGGGGCCACAGAGUGCAGAACUCUUUUCUCUACCACUCCCUGAGCUCCUAGCUCAGAGAGGGAACAGAGGAGAGACCCUGCCUUCUCCUGAGCUGUAUCCUGGUGGGAUGUCCCCAGAAAAGCAGGAAGUGCCAGGCCAUUUCAGAAAUAGAGAGACCUUCCCAGGGAGACAAGGCGUGGGAGCGUAUGCCUGGCAAAGGGAACACCGUGAGUGAAGGCAAGGAGGCCAGAAACCCAGUCUACUUUUGAAGGUGGAUGAGUCAGCCACUGCUAUACGGUCAGGCAAUGGGGAGAACCACCAGGAGGUUGGUUUUGCCCUUGAGUGUGCUUUAAAAUGUAUUCGAUUUUUUAAAAAGCAACAGAUCACAUGGGGAAGAAAUGAAAAAGGUAAAUAUAUAUAUAUAUAUGUAGUGUGGGAGAGCCUCUCUCCCAUCCUGUGUCCCCAUCAUGGAAUUCCUCUCUGAGAAAACCCAUUAGCGAUUUCCCAUGUGGACGUCUCUCUAGAACUCUCAGCACACAGGAGCAUUCACUCAGGCUGCCACUUGCUUGUGUCCUUAAACAAUGUCAUUCGACAGCAUUCCCUAUGAGUCCAUAAAGACUUUCUUCUGCUUUCUGUUGCUGAGAACCUUAUUGUGUGGCUAAACUGUGAUUUAUUUAUCAAGUCCCCUAUUGUUGGACACAGAGGUUAGUUCCAGUGUUCACGUUGACAUGAUCGAACCUCCUAACACCUCUUUCUCCCUUCCUGCAGGGUGGCCGUCGUGACCUGGGUGGCAGCUGCUUGAAGGUGAGGGGGGUGACCCCCCUUAGAGGGCCACGGAGAUGAAUCUGGGCCCCUGUGGCAUUUGCUCCAAGCAGGACCCCAGAGAAGGAGACCAGGAGCCAGCCACUGGCUGCACACGGGAGAAGACCCCAGGAGCCGAGCCCACCCUUUCUUUGUGUAGGGACCAGGGGACAAUGGCCUGGGCCCGGGACCCUCUGGGCAGGGUCCCUGGGACAUCUCCACCCUGCCCUGGAGAGCUGUGAGGACCCAUCCAGCCUGCCCAGCACUGGCUGGUCAGAGACAAGGCAAAACUUUUGGAAACACAAAGACUGUUGGUGACAGAGAGUAUGUGCGUGUCUGUGCAUGAGUGUGGGUGUUUGUGAGAGAGAGAUAAUUGGUGAGUUUAAAAUAAAAGAUAUUUUUAAAUAAAAAGCAUCAUUCCCAGCUGAGGAAGGGAAGGACCUGUGGACACUGGAGGUCAGAGGCGGCCCCUCCCCUGGACCUAGAAAGAAGCUCGGGUUACAGGUGCGGCCCUGAGCUCUGGAGGGCGUGGGGCUGGGGCAAGGGGAGCCCCCUCUCCGGAAGGAGAAAGAACCAAGCUUGUCUCGCAGUCUGCCGGUGAUCAAAUGUUCUUGAUCAACUGUUAGGUGUCUGCUGUGGUUGGUAAAGAAAUCUUAAUUUUA